AUGUUUAAAGAAUUAGGAUGGCCAAAUGAGCAAAUUGUAUCGUUCACCCUGUUUCAAGGUUCUGGGAAAUUCAGAUUUUUAGGUGACGGGGAUUGCCCCGAUUGGCUGCUGGCCGAAAUCAACACAUUGUCGCGUAUGACAUCUAUUAAAAUCAAAAUACUCGGUCUAACAGUCGCAAAGUAUCUUACGGAAGAAGAUCUCGAUGAGGAAAAAGUCAAGAAAAUCACUCAAAACGCCAAAGUUGAAUUGAACGAUGCAAAAGCUAUGGUAGCAGCUCUCGAGUUGAUAUUUACGUCGUCUGCUCGAUAUGCUGUUUCCGCUGCGGAUUUAAGCAGUGAAUUACAACAACUUGGUCUCCCUCGUGAACAUAGUGCCGCGCUUGCCAAACUACAUACAGAAUUUUCUCCUCAAAUCACGACUGCCCUUUCUUCGCAAUCUUUAAGAAUCAGUCGAUUAUCCUCGAUCCAAGUUUUACCCUGCGAUAAUUCAUCCCCGGUCUCUACGGUGUCCUUUAAAUUGACGAAAUUGGAUGGAAAUGGCGAAAACUCAAUCGUCAAUAUCUCAAAAAGGGACGUACACAUCUUACUGACAGAACUGCGAAGGGCCAAGUCGUUGAUGGAGAACCUUUAA